AUGGACGAGCACACAUCCCUCGCAGGCUCCAAGGCUGAGCCGUCUGCAACAGCCGUGACCCCUGCCUCCGUGUCGGGCACGCACACCACGUUCUCGCAACUGCCCCAUGGCCAGACCAUGCAGGAGCCGGAGGCGAGCACCGCCAAUAUAUUCCUUGCAGCCCAGCGCGGCGAUGUCAACACCAUCCGCGAGCUCAUAGAGUCUGGCAACGCCAAAGCGACCGACAGGGACGAGCAGAACAUCACGCCGCUCCACUGGGCGGCGAUCAAUGCGCAAGUCGCAGCGUGUAGGUACCUGCUGGAGCAGGGCGCGGAGGUCGAUGCGCUCGGUGGGGACCUCGUCGCGACGCCCAUGCAGUGGGCCGCGCGCAACGGGUACCUCUACGUUAUUCAGCUGCUCAUCGCCCACAAUGCGGAUCCUACCAUAACCGAUGCGCAGGGCUACAAUACUCUGCACCUCGUUACCCACUCGUCGUCUGUGAUGCCGCUCCUCUACCUUCUGCACCAGCCGAUCAACGUCGAUUCGCGCGACUCGCAGGGGCACACGUCGCUCAUGUGGGCUGCGUAUCAGGGCGACGCCCUAUCGGUGGACCUCCUCCUCAAGAACGGGGCGAAUGCGAAUACGGUCGAUGACGCUGGACUGACGCCGCUCCACUGGGCGGUUGUCAGGGGCAACCGCGUUUGCAUUCGUCGACUUAUUGAGAGUGGCGCAGAUAUUAACGCGAAAGAUGGAGAGGGAAGAACUGCGCGGGACAUGGCCAUUGAAUUGAAGAGCCUUGGUGCGUGGAAGCGUGCGCUGGAGGAGGGCGGAAUGAACGAAGACGGCUCCAAGAAGAGGAAGCCGCUCAGUGAUGUGCGUGGUGCAUCAUCAUAUUCGUGGACUAUCCCAGAUGACCGUCCGUCUUCAGAGAAAUACCAAGAUUGCCAUUUUCAUGCUCCCCACGAUCUCAUUUUUCCUCAUGUUUACGACCCUAACGAUUCUCCCAUGGUACACCGGAAUAAUCCUGUCGAUGGCCGUAUUCUUCGGAAUGCAUCAUAUAAAUCUAAUUAUACCGAUAGUGUUGCACAAAGCCCAUACUUUGCCGGUAUCAUCUUCGCCUCCAUGAUGUGGGUUGGAUACAGCUGGCUCACUCGCCUAGUCAACCAGACGCAGUCGCACGCAUUCACCCACCUAGUGUUUGCUAUAAACAUGGGUUUAUGCGCAUACAAUUUCUUCCGUGCAAUCAGUUUAGAUCCGGGAGUUUGCCCCAAACCAUCGAGCGAUGCGGAGCUCAAGUCGGUAAGUCGUCGAAGAGCUAGCGUCGGAGGGCCGUCUGAAUGGCCAGACGUUCUGCAUACAAUGCAUGGUGAGGGCAAUCGCGGGCUGUAUUGUAAUGCACCUGACGAUGAUUUUGCAAGGCUCGCAAGCCGCUCCGAUCAAAACACUGCCGUACCUGUGACCGUUGUGUGGCCCGCCACGAUCACCACUGCCCUUGGGUUUGGAAUUGCGUCGGAGUAA